CGACUCAUGCAUCUCCGGCCGCGCUCGGCUGUUUCCGCCCGGGGGAGAGGGAGCCCCUCCCCUCUCCAUUCCUGCGUUGUUUGGGGACAGAGGGAAGAUGGCGGCGGCCCCGCUGUACUGUGUCUGCCGGCAACCCUACGAUGUGAGCCGCUUCAUGAUCGAGUGCGACAUCUGUAAAGACUGGUUCCACGGCAGCUGUGUGCAGGUGGAGGAGCACCAUGCGGUGGACAUCGACGUGUACCACUGUCCCAACUGCGAUGUCGUUAACGGACCCUCCCUGAUGAAGAGACGGACCAACUGGCACCGGCACGACUACACAGAGCCCGACGACGGCAGCAAGCCGGUGCAGGCUGGCACGGCCGUGUUCAUCUCCCAGCUGCAGAACAGAAGCUUCGCCAGCGGGGAGGAGGUCCUGGUGAGGAUGCCGGGGGAGUCGGUGACCCCCCGCUACCUGGAGAAGCACGGCUUCAGUCAGCCCAUCGCCGUCACGGAGAUGGAGGGGCUGGGGCUCCGGCUGCCCCCCCCCAGCUUCUCCGUCAGGGACGUGGAGCAGUACGUGGGGGGCAACAAGGUGAUCGACGUGAUCGACGUGGCGCGGCAGGCGGACAGCAAGAUGAAGCUCAGCGAGUUCAUCAAGUAUUACACCGGCGACCAGCGGCCCAAAGUCCUGAACCUCAUCAGCCUGGAGUUCUCCGACACCCGGAUGUCUGAGCUGGUGGUGGUCCCGGACGUGGCCCAGAAGAUGUCCUGGGUGGAGAACUACUGGCCUGACGACUCGUUCUUCCCCAAGCCCUUCGUGCAGAAGUACUGCCUGAUGGGAGUGAAGGGCUGCUACACGGACUUCCACAUCGACUUCGGGGGCACCUCCGUGUGGUACCACGUGCUCUGGGGGGAGAAGAUCUUCUACCUGAUCCCGCCCACUGUGGCCAACCUCGCACUGUACGAGGCGUGGAGCUCCUCGACCAAUCAGAGUGAGGUGUUCUUUGGGGACAAAGUGGACAAGUGCUACAAGUGUGUGGUUCCCCAGGGGACCACCCUCCUCAUCCCCACAGGAUGGAUCCAUGCUGUUCUUACCUCUCAAGACUGUAUGGCCUUCGGAGGCAACUUCCUCCACAACCUCAAUAUCGGCAUGCAGCUCAGGUGUUAUGAGAUGGAGAGGCGUCUCAAAACCCCCGACCUCUUCAAGUUCCCCUACUUCGAGGCCAUCUGCUGGUACGUCGCCAAGAACCUACUGGAGACGCUGAAAGAGCUUCGAGAGGACAGCCGCCCCCCCCAAACCUACCUGGUGGAGGGGGUGAAAGCCCUGAUCGGGGCCCUGAAGACCUGGCUCAAGAGAGAGGUGACGGAGCCCACCAGCGAGGUGCCGGACCACAUCAGGCCGAACCACCUCAUCAAAGAGCUGACCAAAGAAGUCCGCUACCUGGAGGUAAGGGAGCAGCAAGGCUCCGGCGGGGGUCCGGGGGCGGGCGGGGGGUCCCCGGCGGGACGCUCGCCCCUGGAGAGGCUGUGCCAGGCGAGGCGCGCCCGGCGGGCCGCCCGCAAGCUGAGGGAGCAGCAGAGGCUCGCCCCCAAGGCCUCGUCCAACCUGGACGUCCUGGAGAGGCACACCCGCGAGGUGCUGAGGAGGCUGGAGGUGGGGCCCCUGGAGGAGGACCCGGCCUUCUGCUCCACGGUCCACGGGAAGCUGAACAAGGUGUCCACGGCCUCGGCCGCUGCGCUCGAGUUCCUGGAGGACAACCACCUGAGGCUCACUCUGGUGAACGGACGCAUCAUCCGGGACGUGCGGCGGCUGAGCGCGGGCGGCAGUCCCAUCAAGGCGGAGCAGGGGAGUCCCUCGGAGGCUUGGCAGGGGCCCCAGAGCGCCGGAGGCCCGGCCAAGGACCAGAGACCCCAGGGGGGCCGCCCGGAGCCUCACAGCCCAGGAGAGAAGAGGUUUUGUGAUCCGUCCGCGGGGGCGGAGCCAAGGGGCCCAGUGGCGCUCGGGGGCGGGGCCUCGGAACAUUCCAGCGGCCGAUCAGACGGCGACUCGGACAGCGACUCCCCACCCCAGCAGAAAGCAUUAUCCUCGUCUUCGUCAUCUCCUUCCUCGAUGUCGUCGUCGUCCUCCUCCUCCUCUUCCUCCUCUUCGUCUUCCUCCUCUUCGUCCUCCUCUGAGGAGGAGGACUCGGGAUCCCUGGAGGGGGGGGGCCAGCAGGGCUCAGGGCACACCAUCGAGCUGGACCCCCAUGGUGUCCAGACACUCAGGAACAAACACAGACCACUCAAACGAGAACGUCCUACCUCACCCAGCACAGCAGAGGCCAUCCAGGGCAUGCUGUCCAUGGCCGGCCUCCUGUGCCCCUCGGACCCCCAGAAGGAGGGCCAUGGGCCCCCGGAGCCCUGGUGGUCCGGGCCCGAGGGCCCCCCCAUGCCGACGCCGGCGGGGGGGCCGCCGCACCUCCACCCUCGUCUCCACGGCGACGCGAAGAGCCCCAUGGACAGCCAGGGGAACAGCAGCAGCGAGGCCUGGGACCACCGAGGUCCGGAGACGGACACCUACCAGUACUGUGACCCCUCCAUGUCCCCCCCGCUGCACCCCUCCAAGAGGCCCGCCCCCAACCCCCCGCCCAUCAGCAACCAGGCCACCAAAGGCAAGCGGCCGAAGAAGGGCAUGGCGACGGCCAAGCAGCGCCUCAGCAAGAUCCUGAAGAUCAGCCGGCACAGCCGCGUCUUUGUGUAGCGCCGGGGGGCCCGGGCCCCGGGGCCCGGCCCAGCGUGUGUGAGGGUGUUGACGGUGUGAAUGAGCGGGAGAGUGUGGCUCCCAAGCAGACGGGCCCGGGGUCUCGGUUUGUGCGUUUUGGUAACCCGGAGUCGUACGUCGUGCAGUGGAAGCAAAAUCUUAAAGAAACGCAAAGAAAGGCAAAAAAAAUAAUAAAUCAAACAGCCUGGCAAAGAUGUGCACCUCCCCUGUGCACGCUCACGUGCACGCCUAGGAGACAGGGUAUUGGACUCACGCGUUCCGCAUCGCACGGCUUCACUCUUUGCACAAAAUUAGAAAAACGCAAAAAAUAAAAAUCCACAAAGCUGGGAGGAGAAUGGAGGACCGGCUGUUGCCACGGGAGACGGCCG